AUGGAUAUUACUGUUCGUGUCGAGGUACAAUACGUAGCACCUGAACAUGCACUUAUUCGCGACGUGCUACAGAUGUUUCGCACGCCUGCCUGGGUGCGAUUCAUGGUGCGAUAUAUCUCACCACACCUCAAGAAUGCCGCACCUGCCGACAAGUCGGUCAUGGAUAGUCUGUCUUCCUGGAUUGUCAGCAAUAGCAACAUCAGCAGUGGCAAGCGGCGAAUUUCCUGCGUCUCUUCUAGCUCUACGACGACGACAACAUCGUUGCAAUCUACCGAUGACUGUGUCAUUUGCCUAAGUGAACUGGAAAGCGGCGUUGACAAGUACGUAGCGCUGCCGUGCGGCCACCAGUUUCAUCUGCCAUGCAUCCGCUCAUGGCUCAAGCUGCGCAGCACAUGCCCGAACUGCCGUUUUCAGUUUCGUAAGGCCUUUUCCGGUAGUUAUGCUGUGCGGACGCUCAACUCGGCGCUGCUGCUCAAGCAGGAGCACCGGCCUUUGCCUAAGGAGCAGAUUCUUAACACGUGCGUGGGCCGCGAGACGAUUCGUGCUGUUGUGAAUGUCACCCUCAGCCAGAUCGCCGCGCACGCAAAGCAGAGCCAAUAUCCAUGCGUACUCAAUGCGCUCAUGAUGCACUCAAACGGCGAUAGCUUCACAGAGUCGACGGCAUCUGCGGAUGCGGCGUUGGCCAAGAGUAGCGGCAGCGACAAAGAGACGGAAGAUGGUGGUAGUAGCGAACCCCGAGCUAAGCGAGUGCGUGUGGAUUAA